AGUCUCGCUCGAUGGUGUUAUACAUUAAAAGUAUUUACUGAAGCUUUUGUCGUGGAAUUCACACCUUAUUCUAAGAUAAACAUCAGUAAACAGAGUGAACAGGGAGAUGCCCUUGCAACCAUCUUACAGUCGCGCGCGGUGGGACAUAACCCAACAUUGUCAUGUGCAUAACUUUCAGACAUUAAGUGAGAAAUAUUGUUAUAACUAAAUAUCAUGAAGAACAAAACAACUUGCAGACCAUUUCAAAUACCAACCAAAAGCAAAAUUGCUUUUCAUGGUGAAAAAACCUUAAGGCUUUCUUCGCCCCUUCCCCAGAGUAGGGGUCGAAUUCGGUUUGGCAGCUUCAUCAGCUAUCGGUGCAGUCAUAUUUACGAAUCCAAUAGACGUGGUAAAAGUGAGACUUCAACUGCAAGGAGAAUUGAUGCGAAGGGGGACCUAUCAAAAGUUGUACAAGAAUAUGUUCCACGCUGGAUACGUUGUCUUGAAGCAUGAAGGAAUACGUGGACUGCAGUCGGGUCUCGUUCCGGCUUUCGGAUUUCAGAUAGCCUUGAAUGGAAUUCGAAUAGGUUCUUACAAGUUUUCCCGUACCUAUGGAUUCUCUUUGAAUGAUAAGGGGGAAACGGACUUAUUAAGAACUGCUUUGGUUAGUGGAACUGCUGGCUGUUGUGGGGCUGUUAUAGGAAGUCCUUUUUAUCUGGUGAAAAUUAGAAUGCAAUCGCAAGCUGCGAAAACAAUUGCUGUGGGCCAUCAGCAUGGGUAUGGAUCGACCGUCGAAGCAUUUCAAAGUUUAUGGAGGGAAGGGGGUGUUUCAGGGCUCUACCAGCGCUGGUAUGCAAAUGUACCUCGAGUUUUCUUCGGCUCAUCAACGCAACUGACGAUGUUUAGUUUUGCCAGCGAUUUAUUACGACCUUUUCAGUUUUUUGACAGUCAUCCCAUGAUUCUGACGUUCUUCUCAGCGCUAAUAGGUGGAAGCUCUCUGGCCCUCAUGACGCAGCCUCUCGACGUUAUUUCUGUAAGGCUGUACAAUCAAGCUACCGAUAGUCAUGGCAAAGCGCUGGUUUAUCGCAACUAUUUCGACGCAUUCAUCCAGAUUUUCCGAAAAGAAGGAAUAUUUGGCUUGUAUAAAGGACUUUUUCCAACUUGGAUGAGAUCAGCUCCUCACACAGUACUGUGCUUAUGUUUCUAUGAGCAAUUGGAAAGAUUAUACGAUCGUGUCACUCGUCAAUGAUUCUAAAUAUCAUAACAAAAUGUAUAUUGCGUACUAAUAGAGAUAUUGAAUUACCACUUUUCGCAAUUGGCACAGAUCCAAGAAUCAGCCAAUGACACAGUCAAUUUGGGAUGCCAACAAUCGAAAUCAUUUAUCUUUGCAAUUCUUCGUAGAUGGUGGCCUUUCCCUAUCAUUUGUGAAAACACGAAUGAUAA